AUGGGUUCAACUAAACGUGGGGCACAUGCCAGAAGAGAGAGUCAUAGAGGACCUGUGGUUGUUUGCUUUGGGGAGAUGAUGAUAAAUUUUGUUCCCACAAUAACUGGAGUGUCCCUUGCAGAUGCACCAGCCUAUAAGAAAUCCCCUGCUGGAGCUACUGCCAAUGUUGCUGUUGCAAUAUCUAGACUUGGAGGCUCAGCAGCUUUUAUUGGCAAGGUGGGAAAAGAUGAAUUUGGCUAUAUGUUAUCGGAUAUUCUGAAACAAAAUGGUGUUGACAAUUCUGGCCUGCUCUUUGAACCACAUGCAAGGACAGCAUUGGCAUUUUAUUCUUUCAAGGGUGAUGGGGAGCCUCAAUUCAUGUUUUACCGAAACCCAAGUGCUGAUAUGUUUCUUCAUCCAGAAGAAAUUGAUGUGAACCUCAUAAAGAAGGCCACAAUUUUUCAUUAUGGUUCAAAUAGCUUAAUUAAGGAGCCUUGUAGGUCAGCUCACCUUGCAGCAAUGAAUGUUGCAAAUAUGUCUGGAAGUAUCCUUUCUUAUGCCCCAAAUUUGACAUUGCCACUGUGGCCAUCCACAGAGGCUGCUAAGGAAGGCAUCAUGAGUAUCUGGAACUAUGCUGACAUUAUUAAGGUCAGUGUGGAAGAAAUUCGAAUCUUGAUUGAAGGUGAUGAUCCUUAUGACGACAAAGUGAUCAUGAAGAAGCUGUACCACUACAAUCUCAAACUUUUGCUGGUCACUGAAGGAGCUCGGGGUUGUAGAUACUACACAAAGGACUUUAAUGGUAGGGUUUCUGGUUUUGAGGUGGAAGCAGUUGACACAACUGGAGCAGGUGAUUCUUUUGUAGGUGGACUCUUGAGCAUUGUGGCUGCACACAAACACAUUUAUCAGGAUGAGAAAAGGUUAAGGGAGGCUCUUGAUUUUGCAAAUGCUUGUGGUGCUGUUACAGCGACAGGGAGAGGGGCUAUACCUUCACUCCCCACAAAAGAUGCGGUUCUCAGAAUUUUGUUAAUGUUCUCCAAUUCAUAG